AUGUGGACGUUUAUCCUCGUAACUCUGGUAAUCCUUACUCGGGCAGAUGGUGAAGAAGAUAGCUUUCUCUAUGACGUGUUUCCCCCCGGGUUUCAGUGGGGAUUGGGUUCUGGAAGUUAUCAGGUUGAGGGGGGAUGGAGGGACGAUGGUAAAGGGUUGAACAUCUUUGACAACGUGUUUCAUCAAAUCCCAUCACCUGCGGUGGACGGGACUAAUGGCGACAUUGCAUGUGACUCGUAUCACAAGUAUGCGGAGGAUGUCUCCCUCUUGAAAUAUAUUGGGGCCGGAGUUUACCGGUUUAGUUUAUCCUGGAGCAGAAUUCUUCCCACGGGACGAAUCGACUACAUCAAUCCAGCCGGGAUCGAGUAUUACAACAAUUUAAUUAACUUCCUAAUUGCGAACGGUAUCGAACCCAUCGUGACAAUUCAUCAUUGGGACUUGCCCCUACCACUCGACGGUAUCGGAGGUUGGGCGAAUGAUGAACUGAUCCACCACUUCACUAACUUUGCCCACCUCGUAUUUCACACGUUUGGAGAUCGCGUCAAGAAAUGGGUGACUUUCAACGAGCCGAAUAUCAUUUGCAUGCUGGGAUUCGUAUUUAAGGUCGACGGAAGACCUAUCGGACUCAACGAGGUAAUUAAAUGUUUCCGAACCUUGAUACUAUCUCACGCGCGGGUAUACCACCUCUACGACCACGUGUUUCGUCCUUGGCAAGGCGGCAAGGUGGGCACGAACCUGGCCGCCUACUGGUUCGAAGGGAAGGAUCCCAAUAAUCCGGAGGAUGCUAAAGCAGCUGAAAAUGCGCUGCAAAUUAUGUGGGGACUUAUCGCAUCCCCGCUUGUUUUUGGAUAUUUCAACCGUGAAACUAGGCAAAUGAUGGAGAGACUUGCGAAACGUGGACUGAUAUCGCCACAAAAGGAGUUUACGUUGGCGGAAUCGGCGGAAAUAAUAGGAACCUGGGAUUUUUUGGGGGUUAAUCACUACUCUACGUAUCUAACUGAACUAAGGAAAUCCACUAGUAAACCUGGGAACCUUACCUUAGAUCAGAUAUUCCUUUUGCUUCUGGAUGUUAACCUAUCCGUCAAACCUGAAUGGGUCUCCACUUCAACACCGGAUUUUAAAGUGGUGCCCUCGGGUUUCAGAAGGAUCCUGAAUUGGAUCAAGUGGAGGUACGGAAAUCCAGAACUUUGCGUUCUGGAAAACGGCUACUCGGGAAGACCCGAGCAGGGUUUGGAGGAUUACAACAGGGUGGCGUUUCACCGAGCCUACAUCAACGAGAUGUUGAAGGCAGUCAAGCUGGAUGGGGUUAACGUAUCCGUCUACACGGAAUUAGGAUACACAGUAAACUUUGGAGUGGUGGCCGUCAACUUUACCGACCUGGACAGAACCAGGACACCUAAACUUUCAGCGACCUGCCUCAAACAGAUUUUCAAAGAUAAUGGAUUUCCUCGAUAA